CGACAAAGCUGUCAUUUCUUCCGGAGCCUCAAGAAAAGUGCAUUUUGAACAGUUAGCUGUGCGAAAAACUUUUUAAACACAAAUAAUUCACUAAAUACGGUUCAUUUAAACUGUAAAAUUAAACUGAUCGCGCCAGGAACUAGUGUAGUGUAAAAUUUUGAAUUUAAAAAGUGCAGGAAACCGAGUUCCGGACAGAAAAACGAUCGAUAAAGUGAACGCUCAACAAACAGGAAAGAAAAUCAAAGAUGGCAGCCACAACGUCCGUAAACAAACCGGGUGCCGGUUGGCCCCGGAGAACAAGCCAGGGCACCAUGAACGACAUCAACAAACAGGCGACCAAUCAAUCGAUGACCCUCAACAGGACAAUUAAUUUAUAUCCACUGACUAAUUACACAUUCGGCACAAAGGAACCGCUGUUCGAGAAGGAUCCCUCAGUGCCGGCUAGGUUCCAGCGAAUGCGGGAUGAGUUUGAUAAAAUUGGAAUGCGUCGAUCGGUUGAGGGUGUCCUAUUGGUCCACGAACACGGUCUUCCCCACGUGCUGCUUCUUCAACUGGGAACGACAUUUUUCAAACUUCCCGGAGGUGAACUGAGUGCCGGCGAAGACGAGGUCGAAGGUCUCAAGCGGUUACUCACCGAGACUCUCGGGCGGCAGGAUGGCGUCAAGCAGGAUUGGAUCGUCGAGGACACCAUUGGAAAUUGGUGGAGGCCCAAUUUCGAACCGCCACAGUAUCCCUACAUCCCACCGCACAUCACCAAGCCAAAGGAACACAAGCGGCUGUUUUUGGUGCAGCUCCACGAGAAGGCUCUUUUUGCCGUACCCAAAAACUACAAGCUAGUAGCAGCACCCUUGUUUGAACUGUAUGACAACUCCCAAGGAUAUGGCCCGAUUAUAUCCUCUCUACCACAAGCGCUGUGCCGAUUCAACUUUAUCUACAUGUAAGCGCCAUGUCGCCGCCACCACCAAUCCAUUCCCCAUUUGGAUGCCCCGUUUUAAGAUUUGGUGAAACAAAAAGGUAAUCCUUGAUGAGAUCUGCAAAACUGGUGGACCAGUUUUAUCUCCUUGAACCUAACAUGCUCCUAGAAAACUAUGUACACGAGAUGGAUACGCGUGCUAACCAGUAAGUUCGACAUUUAUUUCCUUUUUCUUCCCCUAUCUCUUUUAUGUGGUUAUUAUAAAACGGCUAGCUGGUGAAAAUAACUGCAAAACACACACUAGCAUCAAAUCCACAGAUUGCACUUUCGAAAUAACUGCUAAGUAUGAUAGUAGUAGAUAAUGAAGUAUUUCGAAACAAACCAACCAACAGAAAUAAUAACAACAAUAAAAAGUGAAAUUGUACAAAA